CAACUAACAUAAUAAUAAAAAGGGAAUAUAAAAAAAAAAAAGAAGAGAAAAUUAUAUUAUUUGCUGGUUCAAUUCAAUUUUUCUCAAAAAAAAAUUCAAUUAUUAAUACAUAAAAUUUUGUACGUGAGAUAAACAUGUAAGAAAAAUCUACCUAAUCCAUGUUCAAACACAGGUAGGCCCCACAGUCUCCUUCUCCAAAUCUCAAAUGUUAUCUAAUCAUCCACAACCCAAAUCACACAAAAUUGAAAAUUCAACCAAAACCCUAAAUCAGAAACUGUGAUAUAAGAAGAAUUCUUAGCCCGAUUAACCAUGGAGAUUUCUUCAAUUUCUUUAUCACCACCAACACCUCUUCCUUGUCUGCCUUUAUCUUCGUCCCGUUCUAGCUUUUACGUAAACAAUGUCAACGGGACCGCUUUCGGGAGCAGGAAGGUAGAUGCGUUGGUUUUAGGUCGAAGCAGAGCCAAAUUCGGAACCGAGCGAGCUAGAAAGGGUAUGACUUGUAAUGCUUUGUUUGGUCUUGGUGUACCUGAGCUCGUUGUUAUUGCUGGGGUUGCUGCUUUGGUUUUUGGGCCCAAGAAGUUGCCGGAAGUCGGCAAGAGCAUUGGAAAGACUGUCAAGAGCUUCCAACAGGCAGCAAAGGAGUUUGAAUCUGAGCUUAAGGGACCCGAAGUGACAGAAGAAGCCCCUGUGGACAAACCUACGGCAGUGAUUGAAGAAGAGAAGCAAGAUACCAAGGUCCCCAGCUCAAAAGAGACUGUAUGAGAUUCUAUUGUAUUAGUUUUAUUUAUUAUGAUACUUGCUGUAACACUUUUUUACCAUUACCUGAAUCAAUUUUUUAGGCAGCUUAAUAAUAUGGUCAAUCUUUCUCAA